ACUUCUUCUCAAUAUCUUGAGCUCUAUAUUGUUAAAGGAAAAGAAAAGGUGAGGAGAAGUUCCAAAGGAGAUAGAUGGCACCUGUUUCAUUGCCACCUGGUUUUAGGUUUCAUCCCACUGAUGAAGAACUUGUGGCUUAUUAUUUGAAAAGAAAGAUUAAUGGCAAGAAAAUUGAACUUGAGAUCAUUCCUGAAGUUGAUCUUUACAAAUGUGAGCCAUGGGAUCUUCCAGGAAAGUCCCUAUUGCCUAGCAAAGAUCUUGAAUGGUAUUUCUUCAGUCCUCGAGACCGUAAAUAUCCAAAUGGAUCGAGGACUAACCGGGCAACGAAAGCUGGAUAUUGGAAGGCCACAGGAAAGGACAGGAAAGUAAAUUCACAGAUGAGGUCUGUUGGGAUGAAGAAAACAUUGGUUUAUUACAGAGGGAGAGCCCCACAUGGAGCUCGAACUGAUUGGGUUAUGCAUGAGUAUCGAUUAGACGAACGCGAAUGUGAAGUUGCCAAUGGAUUGCAGGAUGCUUAUGCACUUUGCCGUGUGAUAAAGAGGAGUUUAAAUGGUCCAAAAACUGGUGACGUCCAUUAUGCAAGUGAUAGAUCCUCUAGCAUUGAAAUUUAUUCUGAGGGAAGAUGUGAAAAAUAUCAUGAUAUGGAAAUUAGAUCUCAUGAUUAUGCAAUGCCAUCAUCAUCAUCAUCAUCCAUGGCAGUCCAUGGCUCUCCAAUGAAUGUUGCUACUCCUACUCCUACUCCUAGUGAUGAUAUGUGGAAUAUGCAAUAUUUAUCAAAUGAAGCUUUUAGUUUCAACAACAGUACUGCUCACCCCAUUCCAAAUUAUGGGACUUUGCCAUAUCCCCCAUCUAAGGUUAAUAUAGCAUUAGAGUGUGCAAGGUUGCAGCAUAGGUUCGCAUUACCUCCAUUGGAGAUUCAAGACUUCCCUCAAGUUGGCUACGUUGAUAACAAGAUGCCUCAAUCAAGUUUUCUUCAAUCUACAAAUCAAACGGAUAUUGUAGAAGAAAUCCUUUCAGUUGCCCAAUUAGCUUCACAAAAUCUAAUCAAUCAAGACUCAUCAUGGGGUGGAAAUUCAUGUGCUCCUGUUGAUGACUUCUCUUUCCUUCCUCCUAAUAAUAACCGAAUCCAUGACUUGGGUUCAUUCCAUUUCAUUGAACAACUUAAGGAAGAUCAGAAUGUUAGGUCCCCCGAUAUCGGAGAUUUUGGUGAGGACUUCAAAUCUGAUAGAAUGGUGGAAAAUUUGAGAUGGAUAGGAAUGUCAGACGGGGAUCUUGAGAAGACAUUUCUUGAGGAUUACAAGACUGUUCCAAUAGAAAAUGUUUCCGCUGUCCAGAGAGAAGAGAAUCAGUUUCAAGGUGAAGACAGUGGUCACUACAACAGCUUGAAUGGAUUCAAUGAAACGGAUACAAACAAUUUCUCAAUAGGGUUUGGCAAUGACAACUUGUUUGAUGAUGGAGACAUGACUGAUGGUUUAUCAAAUUCCUCAAGCUUUGAAAUGUAUGAGAAGAUUGAAGUCAAUCAUGGUUUUUUUAUAGCAACAAGGCAAGCAGCCAAGACAUUCUAUCAUCAAGUGACACCUUCUACGACUCUUAGGAUUCAUCGUAACCUAGUCACAGUCCAUGACUUUCCUCUAUAUAUAGGAAAAAUAUCAGAUUCAACAUCAAUAAUACCGAAAGAAAGAACUUUUCUUGAUAAUUUUAUUAAGAAAGUCACAAGACCAUGGACAACAACAAUGAGAACUUUGGCGGGUAUGAUUGCACUUUUACAUACUUUUUUUUGGAUAUGUUUUGGGGGAUGCUUGGACGAAAAAGGUUCAAAAUUUGAAGCUAAGAGGGGUGUCAGUGUCAAUGGAGAAUGCUUAAUGGAGAGGGAGGAGAAAAAGAAAGCUCAGGAAUUUAAAUGGUAUUGUUAUAAGCAAAACAAAUUCUCAAUUCCUGGUAAAGAAGAAGAGAAAUAUUGCAAUGUGGCUGUGGAAAAGAAAUGGCCUUAUCUCACCCUUGUUGUAGCUCUUUCUACCAUUUGGUUGCACCAUAUUGUCCCUUCUUUUUGAUUUUUUUUUUUUUAAUUUUAAAUUUGAACAUUUUCUUGUAUUGCUAACCGUAAUUGUUUUUAGGGAAAGCCUAACUUAGAGGCCUCUGCCUUUUAAUACCAAAAGUGUAGCUGUAGUUUGUUUU